AACCUUCUCAUCGCCAUCUCUGCCAAUUCUGCGUCGCUUGAGAGGUGGUUGUACGGCGGAUAACGGCGGACGAAAAUGGGCGGCAGAGCCAGGUCUCGCACUCAGAGGAAACACUUCGCACAGAGCAGAGAGAACGUGUGGAAAAGAAGUAAAUUCGAUUCCUCACAACCGUCGGACAGCUCCGCCACGGCAGACGCCCGAGAGAAAAACAACGGAAGCAGCAACUCUUCCUGGGAGCCGUUCGCCACUCAGAACCCCGCUUUCGACGAUUAUUACAAGGAACAAGGAAUAGUGUCACGGGAAGAGUGGGACACAUUCAAUGAAUAUCUCCGAAAACCUUUGCCAGCUGCCUUUCGGAUCAAUUCCAGUUGCCAGAACUACAUGGAUAUUCGAUCGAAGUUAGAGAAUGAUUUUGUGAAGUCCCUACAGGCAGAGAUUACAGAUGGGAGUGAAGUGGAUGCAAUAAGACCAUUGCCUUGGUAUCCCGAGAACCUUUCUUGGCAGUCCAAUUUUUCUCGGAAUCAGUUGCGAAAAACCCAAACACUUGAGAGAUUUCAUGAGUUCUUGAAACUGCAGAAUGAAAUUGGCAACAUUACAAGACAAGAGGCUGUGAGCAUGGUUCCUCCACUUUUCUUAGAUGUACGCCCAGAUCAUUUUGUUCUUGACAUGUGUGCAGCUCCUGGUUCAAAAACAUUUCAGUUACUAGAGAUGAUAUACCACUCUGUGGAUCUUGGGUCGUUACCUAGUGGAAUGGUGAUAGCAAAUGAUGUUGAUGUGCAAAGAUGUAACCUUCUCAUCCAUCAAACAAAGAGGAUGUGCACUGCCAACUUGAUAGUCACAAAUCAUGAAGCUCAGCACUUCCCAAGCUGCAAUUUGAAUAGACACCGUGCAGAGAGUUCUGAGAUUCCAAAAGGAGAGGAUCUUGAUAUCACACAACUAUAUGAUCGUGUGUUAUGUGAUGUUCCAUGCAGUGGUGAUGGUACACUUCGUAAGGCACCUGAUAUUUGGAGAAAAUGGAACGCAGGAAAUGGAAAUGGUCUACAUGGCCUACAAGUUCAGCUAGCAAUGCGAGGCAUGUCUCUACUUAAAGUUGGGGGACGUAUGAUUUAUUCAACCUGCUCAAUGAAUCCCAUUGAGAAUGAGGCUGUGGUUGCAGAGGUUCUCCGCAGGUGUGGAGAGUCUGUUGAACUUGUGGAUGUCUCGGGUGAUCUUCCUCAGCUUAUCCGAAGACCAGGUCUUAAAAAAUGGAAGGUUCGUGAUAAAGGAGUAUGGUUGUAUUCAUACAAAGAUGUUCCUAAAGCUCGUAGAGCUGCAAUUGUACCUGGAAUGUUUCCUUCUGGUAAAAGCUAUGCGGAUGGAACUGAAAGUUGUAAUGAUUCUUCCAUUAUUCACACCACUGACAAUGUUGACAAUAGAGAAUCCACAAAUGGGGCUUCGAUUGCCGAAGGAACAACAGCUUCCUCUGAGUUCUUGGAAGAGGAAGUGUCAACAUUACCUUUAGAACGUUGUAUGAGGAUAGUGCCCCAUGACCAGAAUACUGGAGCAUUCUUUAUUGCUGUAUUUCACAAGCUUUCUCCAUUGCCAGCUGAUAGUAAGCAGGCUAAUCUACCCAGAAAGAUGCAUUCAACUAAUGGUGUUAUUCAAACCGUGGUCCGAGAAGAUACUGAUCCAGUGGAAGGUAAGCUGACAGAGAUUUCAGCUUCUCUUCCUGAAUUCAUAGUGGAUUCUGAUGCAGUGGGUAAUGGGAUGGUUGAUAAUGAUUUUGAUGGAGAGUCUGGUAUAACACCCAAAGAAAAUGAAGCAGAUGAUAUCGAGUCUUCUAAGAAUAUAGGAGCAAAUCUGGAGAUGGUUAGAGGAAAAAGGAAAUUACAAAUUCAAGGCAGGUGGAAAGGGGUCGACCCUGUUAUCUUUUACAGGGAAGAAGAAAUUGUCAGUAAGAUUAAAGAUUUCUAUGGCAUCAAAGAAUCCUUUCCAUUUGAUGGUCACCUAAUUACAAGAAAUAGCGAUACAAACCAUGUAAAGAGAAUCUACUACGUAUCAGAGUCCGUGAAGAAAGUUCUUGGGCUCAAUUUUCGAGUUGGACAGCAGCUCAAGAUAGCAUCUGUUGGACUGAAGAUGUUUGAGCGACAGACAUCAAAAGACGGUACAUCGGCACCAUGCUUAUUCCGAAUAUCAUCUGAAGGGUUGCCUUUGCUACUCCCCCAUAUAACCAAACAAAUUUUACAUGCAUCUCCCGUCGACUUCAAGCGUCUAUUGGAGCAUAAAAGCGUCAAAUUUGGCAACUUUGUUGAUGCCGAUCUUGGAGAGAAGGCUUCAAAUCUAUCGUUGGGUUGCUGUGUGGUUAUUUUAAACAAAGAAAGUGGGACCGCCUCAGAUCCUCCUCAAGUGGAUGCAUCAACGGUUGCAAUUGGAUGCUGGAGAGGGAGGACUAAUGUCUCUGUGAUGGUAACUUCUCUUGACUGCCAAGAACUUUUAGAGAGGAUGCCUCUAUGCACAGGAGAGGAUACCGUUCUGUCUUUGCGGGAUGGAGAACAAAUGGCGGUUGAUGAUUCUGAACUUGUGCCGGAUGGCGAACCGUCUGCCAUUAAAGAUGAAGUUUAAGAGAUUUUUUAAAGCCACUAUUGUUGGGACACAUUUUCCACCAUAUUUUUAUGACUUGUUACACCAGUCUUUUCACUUUCCUUCAAUUUUCCAUAUAGCCACAUGCCCACUUUGCGUUUUAUGAUACUGAAAAUGUUAUGUAAGGGGCCGGUUCACAUGAGAAUACACCUUGGUGAAAGAAAUAAGAAUAAAAACUAGCACUUGGAUCUGAUGCAUCGUGCAGCUCAGAUUGCAUCCUGCGCUCAGAUUUUGAGAUAGUGCAUUUUCAAAGGAUUUUGGUGCAUUACGACAUGAUGCAUUUUCAAACCAUUUUGGUGUACUUAAUUUUGAUGUAAUUAUGACCCUUAGAUCUCACAAUUCAAAACCCCAGAUUCAUUCUUAUUUUUUUCAUAAGAUCGCAUUUUCACUAGAAUCAAAAUCUAUUAUGUAA